AAUGAACGUUUAGUAUCCGGGCGCAUUAGAAGCUUGUCCCAUUGUCAUUACUCAUAGAACUUUUAGUGGGUCUCGUCACUCAACUAAGUUAUUUCGAACAGGUAAAUACUUUAAGCAAUUAUUAUUAACUAUUUUUAAUUUCUGAUGUAUAAUGUUUAUUAUAAAAUAUAGAAAUCAUGAAGUUUUUAAUAUUCGCUAUUAUUCUGACUGUGUCGGUUGAAUGUAACAAGGACGAAAUAAACAAAAUUUUUGAACAAGCACCAAAGGAAUGUAAGGACGGUGCCACUUUGCAGACUGUAUCAGCGUGCGUCGGAGAUAUCCAGACUUUGAAAAAUUGCUCGGAUCAAAAGCCUAGUGAGGCCUUAUGCAAACUUGUUAAUAAUCUAUGGGAUUGUAUGAGAAACGGCAUCAAGCAAUCUAAAAUUGGUCAUUUAUGUGCACCAAAGAUAAGCGCAUUCGCCAAGACGAUUGCUACCGGAGUUCAACCUAAUUGUACCUUGGAUAACGGUUACAAGAAAGAAUGCUCUCAACUAAAUAUAACAUUGGAAGAUAUCUAUGUAUGGGUAUCGGGAGAAUGUAUAGAUAAGAAAAAGAAUACAACGUGCUACGAUGUUACCAUGCCUGUUGAAAAUCGUCAACCUGUACCUUCAUGCGGAGUAAAGGAAACUAUGAAAGUAGAAACAUGCAACGACCCUUCUGGAGCUGGUCGUCUAAUUCAAUCACUUGAAUUAGGCAUAAUAUUGGUUUUCAUAUUAAAACUACUAAUUUAG